ACUUCGGUACUUGAGCAUCAAGCACACUAAUCAUGAAACUCCUGAUCAUCAUCGUUGGUCUCGUUGUGGCCACCCACGCCACAGAGAGGCAUGACAUCAUCACCGACUACCACAAUGUGAUCGGUAUUCCCCUAGCACAGAAAAUCAAGCAGUCUGAGAGUGCUAUGGAUUUCGAUGGUUCCAGAAUCAUCGGUGGCAGUGUUGCUGGUCUCGGUGCUCAUCCCUAUCUUGGUGGUCUUGUGAUCCAACUGACCACUGGAUGGCAAUCGGUAUGCGGUGCUUCCCUCUUGAGUCAAACUAGAGCUGUAACAGCCGCUCACUGCUGGGCCACCAGAACCUCUCAAGCUAGUCAGUUAACUACUGUCUGGGGCUCUCAAACUCUCUUCUCCGGUGGUGUCAGGAUCGUAACGACUAAUGUGCGAAUGCAUGCUAGUUACAACAUGAACAACCUGAACAAUGAUAUAGCUAUGAUUAUUAUAAACUCCGUCGGUUUGACCACCAAUAUCCAACCUAUCCGAAUUGAUUCUGGCAGUAAUCAGCACGUUGGGACAUGGGCAACCGCAGCUGGCUAUGGUGCAACUUCUGACUCUCAACAAGGAAUUCCCAACAACACAGUUAAGAGACAUGUUAACAUGGUGAUCAUGGACAACAGUGUUUGUGCAAGAUUUUACUUCCCAGGCAUAGUUAUUCACUCCACUCUGUGUACCGACACAGCCCGUGGAACUGCCAGCAUCUGUGGUGGUGAUUCUGGAGGCCCUCUCGUCAUUGGCUCAUCAGCUAACAGAAUAUUGACUGGUCUCUCAUCGUUCGUCUCAAGUGCAGGAUGUCAAUCUGGUAGCCCAGCUGGUUUCGCAAGAAUUGCAUCCUUCGCCGACUGGAUCAACUCCAACAUGUAAAACUGUUUUAAGCGCAAAAUCAUUAAAAAUAUUAUUUAAACUA